GGGUGGACUUCUUUUGAACACUCAAAGUGCACUAACCAUCACCGCAGUUUCGGCAAGAAACCAACAGAUUAAAUAUGAGCUUCACAGUCGAAGAGAGGGGGAACCCCAAUACAUUGAGCUAUCGUUUGUUUUUCAAAAAUUCUGAUGGAAAGUAUGUCUCCCCAUUCCAUGACAUACCCAUGUACGCUGAUGAGAGCCAGAACAUUUUCCACGUGGUUGUUGAAGUACCAAGAUGGACCAACUCAAAGAUGGAGAUUGCGACCAAAGACCCCCUGAAUCCGAUCAAGCAGGAUGUGAAGAAGGGGAACCUGCGUUAUGUCGCCAACGUUUUCCCCCACAAAGGCUACAUCUGGAACUAUGGAGCAAUACCUCAGACAUGGGAGGACCCCGGGCACAAAGAUGGAGACACUGGCUGCUGUGGUGACAACGACCCAAUUGACGUCUGUGAAAUCGGUACCAAGGUGUGUUCGCGUGGUGAAGUGAUCAAGGUGAAGGUACUGGGGGUUUUGGCCAUGAUCGACGAGGGGGAGACUGACUGGAAAGUCAUGGCCAUCAACGUGGAGGACCCUGAAGCUAAGGACCUGAACGACAUCAGUGACAUCCAGAGGCUGAAGCCAGGUUACUUGGAGGCCACGGUGGACUGGUUCAGGAGGUACAAGGUACCAGACGGGAAACCAGAGAACCAAUUCGCCUUCAACGGAGCGUUCAAAGACAAGGACUUUGCCAUUGAGACAAUCAAGAGCACCCAUGGCUUCUGGAAGGCACUUAUCUCUGAGAAGACCAAUGCUGGAGGACUCAACUGUAAAAACACGUGCGUGUCGGCGGGAGACAGCCCCUUCUGCUGCUCUACGGAUGAGGCCAAGGCUGUUGUAGGCAGGACAAGCCCUUGUGGAACUGAAGAUCAUAUCCCCUGCUCAGUGGAUAAAUGGUUCUACUAUGAGAAGAAGUAACUUUGCAAAGAAGACUCAAUGGACCAGAAGUGUCUCAUCUGUUUAGCUAGCAUACUUGAAGAUAAUAGUUGAUGGUUGUGGGUGUGACUGAGAAAAAAUAGACUAUCUUCUCCACACUCGGAAGAUGAGAGGAGAUAGAAGGACAAAGAGUAAUGAAAUCAUGUCUUAGGAAAUGCAUUUUCCCUGUUAUUUAACAAAGGUAUCAUUGGAGAUGUGCUGUCCAACAGCUUGCACUGGUAGUGUGCUAGCUAUAGCUACUCAUGCACUGUAUGCCAGGAUCAUCUCAAUAGCCUUUUAAUAAAGCUUUUUCUGU